GACUUGGCUGGCGAGGUAUUUUGUACCAAAAGACUUGGGACCAGGGACCAUCGAGGUCGUGCGGACCCAGGAUCCAGGGAACAUGGGAACUGGAGUCCCAGCCUCGGAGCAGACGAGGUGUGCCAAAGGGGAUCCACAGGUUUAUUGCCCUGAAAAUGCUGGAAGCACUGAGGCUGAGCAGGUUACAGACCUCCAGAGCCCUGAAGACAAUCGACCCCAAAGUGAGCCGGGCGGCAGCAGUCCGGAGGACUCUGGGCAACUGAUGGCAUCCUAUGAAGGUAAAGCUAAGGGCUACCAGGUGCCUCCCUUUGGCUGGCGCAUCUGCCUGGCUCAUGAGUUUGCAGAGAAGAGGAAACCCUUUAAUGCCAACAACGUCUCCCUAAGCAACUUGAUAAAGCAUCUGGGCAUGGGCUUGCGGUACCUGCAGUGGUGGUACCGGAAGACCCAGGUGGAGAAGAAGACACCUUUCAUUGACCUCAUCAAUUGUGUACCCCUGAGACAGAUCUAUGGUUGUCCUUUAGGUGGCAUCGGGGGAGGCACUAUCACCCGAGGCUGGAGAGGUCAAUUCUGUCGUUGGCAGCUUAAUCCUGGAAUGUACCAGCACCGGACAGUCAUUGCUGACCAAGUAAGAACCAGGAGAUGGAGGAGAGGUCCAGAACAAUACCCCAGUUCACAGUUUGCUUGCGUCGGGAGGGGAAGACUGUGUACCAGCAAGUCCUGUCCGUGGAGCGCCCAAGUGUCCUGCGCAGCUGGAACUGGGGCCUGUGUGGGUACUUUGCAUUCUACCACGCCCUCUAUCCCCGAGCCUGGACUGUCUAUCAGCUUCCUGGCCAGAAUGUCACCCUCACCUGUCGCCAGAUCACACCCAUCUUGCCCCAUGACUACCAGCAGCCUGCCUGUAGGAGUCUUUGUGUGGGAUGUGGAAAAUGAAGGGGACGAAGCCCUAGAUGUGUCCAUCAUGUUCUCCAUGCGGAAUGGACUGGGGGUUGGAGAUGAUGUCCCCGGGGGAUUGUGGAAUGAGCCCUUCUGUCUGGAGCGUGAUGGGGAGACUGUGCAGGGGCUGCUGCUGCAUCAUCCAACCCCUCCAAAUCCCUACACGAUGGCCGUGGCUGCGCGGCUCACGGCGGAUACCACGGUAACCCACAUCACAGCCUUUGACCCUGACAGCACUGGGCAGCAGGUGUGGCAAGAUCUACUUCAAGAUGGACAGCUGGACUCCCCCACUGGCCAAAGCACCCCCUCGCAGAAAGGAGUAGGCAUCGCUGGGGCUGUGUGUGUUACAGGCAAGCUGCCACCUCGAGGCCAGUGCCGCCUGGAGUUCUCACUGGCUUGGGAUAUGCCCAGAAUCAUGUUUGGAGCUAAGGGCCAGGUCUACUACAGGCGGUACACAAGGUUCUUUGGCCGCGAUGGGAAUGCAGCACCCGCCCUUAGCCACUAUGCCCUGUGCAGAUAUGUAGACUGGGAAGAGAAGAUCUCAGCUUGGCAGAGCCCAGUAUUGGAUGACAGAUCCUUGCCUGCCUGGUACAAAUCUGCGCUGUUCAAUGAACUGUACUUCCUGGCUGAUGGAGGCACAGUAUGGCUGGAAGUUCCCGAGGACUCCCUACCAGAUGAGCUGGUGGGGAGCAUGUGUCAGCUCCGCCCCAUCCUCCGAGAAUAUGGUCGAUUUGGCUACCUUGAAGGCCAGGAAUAUCGCAUGUACAACACAUAUGACGUCCACUUUUACGCUUCCUUUGCCCUCGUCAUGCUCUGGCCCAAACUUGAGCUCAGCCUGCAGUAUGACAUGGCUCUGGCUACACUCAGGGAGGACCUGACACGGCGACAGUACUUGAUGAGUGGGGUAAUGGCACCUGUGAAAAGGAGGAAUGUCAUCCCCCAUGAUAUUGGGGACCCAGAUGACGAGCCAUGGCUCCGAGUCAAUGCAUAUGUGGUCCACGAUACCGCUGACUGGAAGGACCUAAACCUGAAGUUUGUGCUGCAGGUUUAUCGAGACUACCACCUGACGGGCGACCAGGGCUUCCUGAGAGACAUGUGGCCUGUGUGUCUGGCUGUGAUGGAAUCUGAAAUGAAGUUUGACAAGGACCAAGAUGGACUCAUUGAGAAUGGAGGCUAUGCAGACCAGACCUAUGAUGGAUGGAUCACCACAGGCCCCAGUGCUUACUGUGGAGGACUCUGGCUGGCAGCUGUGGCUGUGAUGGUCCAGAUGGCUGUUCUGUGUGGGGCAAAGGAUGUCCAGGACAAGUUUUCUUCCAUCCUUAGACGGGGCCAAGAAGCCUAUGAGAGACUGCUGUGGAAUGGCCGCUAUUACAACUAUGACUGCAGCCCUCAGCCUCAGUCUUGCAGCAUCAUGUCUGACCAGUGUGCUGGCCAGUGGUUCCUGAGGGCCAGUGGUCUAGGAGAAGGAGACACUGAGGUAUUUCCUACCCGACACGUGGUCUGUGCUCUCCAGACUAUCUUCGAGUUCAAUGUCCGGGCCUUUGCAGGAGGAGCCAUGGGGGCUGUGAAUGGGAUGCAGCCCCAUGGUGUCCCUGACAGAUCCAGUGUCCAAUCUGAUGAAGUCUGGGUGGGUGUGGUCUAUGGGCUGGCAGCCACCAUGAUCCAGGAGGGCCUGACUUGGGAAGGCUUCCAGACAGCUGAAGGCUGCUACCGAACUGUGUGGGAGCGUCUGGGCCUGGCUUUCCAGACCCCUGAAGCAUACUGCCAGCAGCGGGUGUUCCGCUCUCUGGCCUACAUGCGGCCACUGAGCAUCUGGGCCAUGCAGCUGGCCCUGCAGCAGCAGCAGCAUAAAAAAGCCUCCAAGCCAGGAGCCCAGCAGGGCACAGGGCCUAACCUCGGACCAAAGGAAGCCAUGGCAAAACCAAAGGAAGCCCUCUGACUGUGGGAGGGAGGCUCUAACAGCCCAGCCUCCAGCCUGGCCUUCCUCUUCAUCACUCCCCCUACCCUCCAAGUCUCCUGCAACCCUGAGCCACCAAGACAAUCACGCCCCUUCCCUUCUCCCCACCCAGUCGGGCCAGUAAAGAGGGGCUGACAGUGACCCAAGCAUCAGAAUCACUUAUUUAUUUCUCUCACCCAAUCCCCUCACUGCAUGAAAUGUUCAAGGAGGUCGGUUGAUUCCCCCGGGGCCCAUUCAUGGGGUGGUAGAUUUACAUGGGUACAAAUAAAAGACCCAGAAAGCCA